AUGGAUUACCUACAAACAACUAAGGUAGAUAAGGUCACAUUGAAAGAUAGAUUUAAUCCAAGCUUUGAAAAUAACGGAACGCUUCAUUUAACAGCAACCCAUCUAAUUUUUAUUAAUCCUGCAGUUAAUCCAGAACUAUGGUUAUCUUACUCGCAUAUAGCUACUGUGGAGAAGCAGCAAAUUAGUAUUAAAGGAGCACCACUAAAAAUUGUCUGUAAAGAUUUUCGUGUCCUAAACUUUGUCUUCUACAAGGAGCGUGAUUGUCAAGACGUUUAUGUCUCACUACAAAAUUUAACAAAACCAGUAAAUUAUGCGGAAUUGCACGCCUUUACUUACGAACCUCCUGGUAGUAAAUGGCCUAGAUCUGACGGAUGGAAUAUUUUCGAAUUCGAAGCUGAAAUGACUCGCUUAGAAGUACCGAGUGAUUUGUGGAGGAAAACAGAUAUUAAUAAAGAUUAUAAGCUAUGUCCAACCUAUCCUGAAGUCUUGUAUGUGCCAGCGACAGCUACAGAAGAGACUCUAACCGGUAGUGCAUCUUUUCGUAGCAGAGGUAGACUACCCGUUUUGACUUAUUACCAUAAAUACAACAAGACUGCCUUAUGCCGCAGUAGUCAGCCAUUAACAGGAAUGCGGGGAAGAAGCGUAGAUGAUGAACAAUUAUUACAGGCUGUAAUUCAAUCAAAUCCGAAGUCUCCUGUUAUGUAUAUAGUAGAUACCAGACCUAAGAUUAAUGCUAUGGCGAAUAAGGCUGCUGGCAAAGGUUAUGAAAAUUUGGACAAUUAUCCUAAUGUUCUAUAUCGAUUUCGUGGAAUACAAAAUAUUCAUGUUAUGCGAGAGAGUUUGCAAAAGUUAUCGGAAGUUAUAGAAAAUCCUGCGCUAAAUGCUGGCGAAUUUUUCGAUUCUUUAGAUAGUAGUAGUUGGCUUAAGCAUAUUAGAUCAGUAAUUGAUACGUCUAGAUUUAUUGCCCUGGCAAUGCUAAUGGAUAAUGCAUCAGUAUUAUGCCACUGUAGUGAUGGAUGGGAUAGAACUGCUCAAACAUGUGCUUUAGCAUCGUUAUUUCUUGACCCAUAUUACAGAACAAUUAAAGGCUACCAGAUAUUAAUUGAGAAAGACUGGCUUGCAUUUGGCCAUAAAUUCAACUGCCGUUGUGGAUUACUGCGCCGUGAAAACCGCGAAGUUUCGCCUGUAUUCACACAAUUUAUAGAUUGUACAUGGCAGAUAAUGCAACAGUUUCCGUUCGCAUUUGAAUUUAACGAACAAUUUCUUUUAACUAUACAUGACCAUGUUUAUUCUUGCCAGUUUGGAAAUUUCUUAGGAAACUGCCAACAGGACAGAAGGAAGGAGUCACUUUCUGAAAAGACCUAUUCAUUGUGGGGUUAUAUGUGCAAACAGUUGGCAACAUAUUUGAACCCUUACUACGACCCAAACUUUAAUGCAGAUAAAAGAGGAAUAAUUAUUCCAUUGAUAAAUCCUCAGUGUAUAAGAUUCUGGUCGGGUAUGUAUAAUAGACAUGCUUUCGCUCAUUCUAAGUCUGAAACAAUAGAGGAUCGAGCUACCAGAAUUUAUGCUGAUAAUAAGAAAUUGGAGAAAGAAAUCUCAGCUAUAUCCGAAGAAAUUGCACUUUUAGAAAAUAAAAGCGCUGAGGGUCAAGUAAAUGGAUCAAUUUGCGAAAAUCCAGAGGAUGAAGAUGAAAAUUCUAAUUUACAACUAAAUCAUGAUCUGAAGACGAUGGAUAGCUCUACUACCGAAAUAGAUGUACAGCAAGCUACAGAAAUAGUAGACAGCAAUACUCUUUCAGAAUUUGAGCAAUUAGCUGUCCAGGAUUCUAUUAGUGACGGAAACGAAGUAAAAAACACAGAGAUGACUAAAGAUGUAAAUUAUACUAUUUCCGAUGAGGCUUAG